AUGGCAGACACAUCACCAGAUAUGGCUGCAAGCCCAAGCCCAAGCCCAGACACAACUACUCCUCGGAAGAGGAUAGUGGUUGUGGGGUUGGGGAUGGUUGGUAUUGCUUUUAUCGAGAAACUCAUCAAACUCGACACACAACGACAAUACGAAAUCAUCGUCAUCGGGGAAGAGCCCCAUGUAGCAUACAACCGCGUCGGCUUGACUUCCUUCUUCAGUCAUCGCGAGGUUGAACAACUCUACCUCAACCCCCUAGAAUGGUACAAGCAGCAUCUACAAACCUCCUCCCUAACUCACCACCUCUCCACCCUCGUUACCUCCCUUUCUCCCCUAACCAAAACCCUCACCAUCUCCCCACCCCCCUCCACCCCCUCCCUCACCACCCUCCCAUACGACCACCUCAUCCUCGCCACCGGCUCCCGCGCCCUCCUGCCCACUUCCACACCAGGCCACGACGCCUCGGGAGUCUUCGUCUACCGGACCAUCAGUGACCUCCAACAACUCAUCACAUGGUCUUCAGACUCCCGCAUAAAAGGAUCAACGGGCGUGGUCGUGGGAGGCGGACUGCUGGGGUUGGAAGCAGCCAAAGCUCUGAUGGAUUUGGGUGCAUUUGACCGGGUGGUGGUUAUCGAGAGGAACGGGUGGGUUUUGUCGAGGCAGGUGGAUGGGGAGGCGGGCGGGUUGGUGUUGGAGGGGGUUAGGGGGUUGGGGGUUGAGGUUUUGGUUAGGAAGAGGGUGAAGGAGGUGGACUGCGAGGAGGGGGACGAGGGGGGGAAAGAUGAAAGGGUGAAGGGGAUCAGGUUUGAGGAUGGAGAGUACUUGGCUUGUUCGACGGUUUGCUUCGCUAUUGGUAUCAAAGCCAGGGACGAACUGGCACGAGAAGCGGGAAUUGAGUGUGCUGAAAGGGGAGGAGGAGGGAUAAUGGUUGAUGAUUCCCUUCGCACCAGCGCGCCGGAUGUUUAUGCCAUUGGCGAGUGUGCCAGCUGGCAAGGGCAGACGUUCGGGUUGAUUGGCCCGGGCGUGGAGAUGGCAGAUGUGUUGGCUUUUAACCUCACCCAGGCGCAUCUGCAUACUCCGCGAGUAUUCAAACGGCCGGAUCUCAGCACCAAGCUCAAGUUGCUAGGUGUGGAAGUGGCCAGUUUCGGCGACUUCUUCGCCGACCGCGAUGGACCGAGGGAGUUACCGCCGAAGUUGAGGAGGGAGUUGAAGAAGAAAUCCGGCGGCGGCAAAGCGGAGGUGAAGGCACUCACCUACAAAGACCCCUUCCUCUCCAUCUACAAAAAGUACAUCUUCACUUCGGACGGGAAGUACCUUCUGGGAGGGAUGAUGAUAGGCGACACAUCAGACUACGUCCGUCUCGUUCCGCUGGUCAAAACCCAAAAAGAGCUGGAUAUCCCCCCUUCACAACUCAUCCUCGGCGCGAAGAAAUCCGGCGACGACGGAGACGACGACGACCUCCCCGACGACACGCAAAUCUGCUCCUGCCACAACGUCAUCAAAGCCGACCUCGUCUCCCCUCUCAAAGCCGGGACAUGCACAUCCCUAGGCGACCUCAAAUCCUGCACCAAAGCCGGCACCGGCUGCGGCGGAUGCAUGCCCCUGGUGACCUCCAUCUUCAACCGCACCAUGGCUUCUCUGGGCACAGAAGUGAAGAAUAACCUGUGCCCUCAUUUCCCGCAGUACUCGCGCGCAGACUUGUACAACAUCAUCUCCGUCAAGCGGCUGCGCACUCUGCCCGACGUCAUGCGCGAAGCCGGCGGCGCUGACCCAGAGAGUCUAGGUUGUGAAGUCUGCAAACCAGCUAUCGCCUCCAUUUUUGCUUCGCUGUGGAACGACCACGUCAUGUCUCCUGCUCAUCACGGGCUGCAGGAUACUAAUGAUAGGUUCAUGGGGAACAUCCAGCGCAACGGCACCUUCAGCGUGGUCCCCCGCGUUGCGGCGGGAGAAAUUACGCCCGAGAAAUUGAUUGUCAUCGGCGAGGUGGCGAGGGAGUAUAACCUCUACACCAAGAUUACGGGCGGGCAGAGGAUCGAUAUGUUUGGAGCUAGAAAACAGGAUCUGUUGAAGAUCUGGAAGAAGUUGGUAGAUGCGGGCAUGGAGAGCGGGCAUGCGUAUGCGAAGAGUUUGCGGACGGUCAAGAGCUGCGUGGGGACGACGUGGUGCCGGUUUGGAGUGGGUGAUAGUGUGGGUAUGGCGGUUAGGUUGGAGGAGAGGUAUAAGGGGUUGAGGGCGCCGCAUAAGUUUAAGGGGGGAGUGAGCGGGUGUGUGAGGGAGUGUGCGGAGGCGGGGAAUAAGGACUUCGGCCUCAUAGCCACCGACAAAGGUUUCAACAUCCUCAUUUGUGGCAACGGCGGCACCACACCCAAACACUCCAUCCUCCUUGCCAAGGAUGUCCCGCCCACCAAUGUCAUCCCCAUCCUCGACCGUUUCCUCAUGUUCUACAUCCGCACCGCCGACAAGCUCCAACGGACCGCUCGCUGGCUCGAAGCCCUUCCCGGCGGUAUCGACUAUCUGAAGGAAGUCAUCCUCGACGACCGGCUCGGCAUCUGCGCCUCGCUGGAAGCCCAAAUGCAAGAGUUGGUAGACAGCUAUUUCGACGAGUGGGCCGAAGCGAUCAACAACCCAACCCUGCAAGAGCGGUUCAAGCAGUUCGCGAACACCGACGAGGGCCAACCGCCCAUGGAAGUCGAAAUCGACCGCGGACAAGAAAGACCGGUGAUGUGGCCCCGCGAAGACGAAGGCGGUUCAGCCAAGGAAGACUUCAAGGGCUUGCGAGACAAAUGGUCGUCAACCACCUGGCAACCAGUCCUCGAAGCAUCUUACUUCAAAGGCGCAGACGACCUCCCCAACGGCAUAAGCGCUAGCAUCAAGCGCGGCGACACACAACUUGCUGUCUGGCGGAUCAAAGGGAAAUACUACGCCUCUCAGCAGAUGUGUCCUCACAAGCGCACUUUUGCUCUGUCGGACGGUCUAGUCGGCACCGAUCCAUCGCCGUCUUCCUGUUCAUCGACCACCCUGCCGCCUUCACCACCUACUACCCCCUCUUCUUCAUCCCCCUCUACCUCCCCGCCCCAUUCUCCCACCUCCUCGUCAACCCCGCCGACAACCACCACCUCCUCCUCCUGCACCACCAACCCCUCCGGCCCUUCCAGCCCUUGGAUCUCCUGCCCCUUCCACAAGCGAAACUUCUCGCUCACCUCGGGGUCAUGCAAGAAUGACACCGAACUCUCCAUCGCCACGUUUGACGUCGAAGAACGCGAAGACGGUAUGGUGUACGUCAAGCUGCCGCCUAUCGAUGAGCUGGAUAGGGAGCUGGGGACGAAGAAAUGGAUGGUGAAGAAGGGGGAGGCGGGUGAGGGGCAGUUUAGUGAGUUGGAUGAAAUGAAUAAGAGGAAGGGGGUGGAGGGGAAGAAGGGGAGGAGGGGGAGGAAGCCGGGCGCUAGCGAGGCUGGGAGGGAGGUUGGGAAGAGGAUGGUUGAGGCUGUUGGCGGUGGGGGUUGUGGUGGCCCUGGGUUGGAAUGGUAA